AUGUCAGCUAAAUUCAGCAGCUGUAAACAGCUGGAAGUCACGCAGAAUGGUGGAACAAAGAAGCUGCGCAGCACCAUCCGGCGAAGCACAGAGACAGGCAUCGCAGUGGAGAUGAGGAACCGUGUCACACGGCAGGGCAGUAAGGACUCGACAGAUGGCAGCACCAACAGCAACAGCUCUGAUGGGACCUUCAUCUUCUCCACCACUCGCCUUGGCCCUGAGAGCCAGUUCAGUGACUUCCUGGACGGUCUUGGUCCCGCUCAGAUAGUGGGGCGGCAGACAUUAGCCACACCGCCAAUGGGUGAUGUUUACAUCGGUGUGGUGGAUAGAGGGGGUCAGUUAGAGGUCGAGAUCACGCAGGCCCGAGGUCUGACCCCUAAACCAGGCUCAAAGAACAUUCAAGCAACAUAUGUAAAGGUUUAUGUCCUGGAGAAUGGAAUGUGUCUCGCUAAGAAGAAAACCAAAGUGGUGAAGAAAACCCUGGAUCCAACCUUCCAGCAAUCCCUGAUGUUUGACGAGAGCCCGCAGGGGAAAAUGCUGCAGGUGAUCGUGUGGGGCGAUUACGGCCGCAUGGACAGCAAGUGUUUCAUGGGAAUGGCUCAGAUCCUCCUGGAUGAUCUGGAUCUGACGUCGAUGGUGGGCGGCUGGUACAAGCUCUUCCCCACCUCCUCUCUGGCGGACCCCAGCAUCGGCCCCCUGACGCGCCGACUCUCCCAGUCCUCGCUCGAGAGCGCCACCAGCCCCUCUUGCACCUAGAAACAUCCACGUCCCCUUCUAAAUAUGCCCGUCUUCUCUAUCUCUACGUGUGUAUCUUUGUUCAAUAUACCCCGUCACUGACCCCAAACGCAUGAACACACACCCUGAUAGAUACAGCCAACUCGCCCGGGGCUGGAACGCUCCUCUUUACCGAUACAGAUAUUAAGAGUUGGAUACAAAUCAGGCGUGACACACAUAACACACACACAUACACACACACCCUCGCAGAUGGAUAUGGGUGUAACCAGCAACAUGCAGUCAUAGGGUUGUGAAAAAGCAGUCACGGCUGGUUACAUACAGAUCCAUUGUCUGCAGGUCAACCAAUAGGGGCAUUUAAUAAACCCGCCGAGAAAUAUUCCUGACAAUGUAGCAUUCGUGUUGACGUCACGUCACACAGGAAGCAGAAUGGGUAGUUUCUAGUAGUUUCCAGACCCUCGAGGGUCAGUCAUUUCUCUAUGCCAAACCCGAACAAAGUUUUAUUUUUUAAAAACCAAAGCAAUUCUUAUUAUCUGUAGUGUUAUAUUAUAGAGUAUGGAUAUGUAGCAGAGUCAGUGACUUAGAUGAGAUGCAAAAAACAAAGACGUGUUAGAAAAACUCAUAAGGUGCGGUCACGUUAGCGAAAUUUUGUUCGCAAAGGAAUCCAUUUUCAGUUGUCGAUAGUGUAGCGACGUAUUAAGUCACUUUCAUACCAAGCAACUUUUGGCGUGGCAAUUUCGCAUGACCAACUUGAAGACGAACGAAACCUGCAUCGCGACUUUUUCGCUCCUUGCGCGAAAUGGAUUCCUAUAGAAAUGACUGGAAUUCGCCUGUAAAAUUUCAGUAAAUGUGAUCAUACCUACAUUCACAAUUAAACUUUUAAAGGGCAGGGCUUUACUCCACAUGUCAGGUUAUUUAUUAGAAAUGCACACGAUUCCUGUCGCAUAAAGUAGCGUAUUCUUUUUUUCCUUUUCGGAGAGCUGAAUAAAUAAAUAUAUAGAUCGCUAUUUGUGUUUAUGUAUUUAUCGACUGAAUUCUGCACGUUAACUCGCAACCCUUGUUGAGCAAAAUAUGUAAAGUGCUAUUUUAAGCUUGCCUUUAAAAUUACGUAGACUUAUAGACGGUAGGUUAUUUAUUUUGCUAAUGUUUCAAUCUCACUUUUUGUCUGAACAACACCAUCUGCACCGAGCUGCAGACGUAGUCGAGGGAAUCGAACCCUCCCUCCUGUUAAACCAGCAACCCUCAUACACAGCUGCAUUGUGGGAUACACCGAACGGUGUCCGCUGGCAAGCAAGAAAACUUUUCUUGUAGCAAGUAGCGAAGCUUUCUGGGAAGUUGGAGCCGCAUUAGACUUUACCGCCUCAAGUAGUUUUGGGUUUCUUUCUACCAGCAUUUGGAACUGUUAAAGGCCUUUCCCAUUCCCUGUUACUCUCAGGAGGUCAUGCUGAACAAAAACACACACACACACAACAAUAUGAGGACUGGUGAUGGGGUCGCGCUCUCUCAACAGGAUCUUGAAGUCCAAAACGAAUGGUAUUCUAUAAACUCCUGGACACUUUUUUUUUUGGUCUUUCGAACCAUUGUGACUAUUCCUGUCCAAUCAGCAGUCUUCUUUAGCUUCGUCUCUGAAGCUGAGUGGCUCUAGACGGUUUCUUCAGUCGAUCUUCGGUGUUAUGGAGACUUGUGGAAGGAAAGCAGCACUGUAGGUAAAAAACGAAGUACUCUUGUCAGCCUCCUAGAUUUGUUUUCAUAGCUUCUCUAAAUAUAUCAGAGCCGGAGAAGGUACCAUACAUAUCAUAGUAUCUGUGUACCAGUUUAUUCAUGUCAAAUCAGUCACAUAUUUCUGCAGAGGUGAUGGCAUUUGUGACACUAUCGGUAAGAACCAGAACAUUAUUCAUUUCUAAAUUCCCAUAUGGAUCAUUUGCCAAAUCAUUAAAGACGUUUGUAUAAUUCAAUCUGUUUAAACUCUCUUUGAUGGAAGCACACAAACUCUAUUGUAGAUGGAUCUGCUUUUAAAGGCGGAUUAUGAGACCGUCAGCAAACCGUUUCAUCUGAUUUAUCAUUUUGAAUCGCAUCAGCGUUUGAAGUAUUUUAGUGUUGUGUUUUGUACAUGCUGUUUUUUUUUUCUAUCUGCCAAUGUCACUGCUACACUGGUCAAGAUGUACAGCACAAAAUGUCACCAUUUAUCUGGAUGUUCAUAAGAAAGUGUGCCUCACAUUCCAUACUUUCAAAAUCUCUUGUUUUUAUUAUCCUAGGCCAUUCCAUCAAUGCACUUUACAGUACAUGCACACGUUUCAAUGCAUUUGGUAAGAUGUAGAUACUAUAAAACACUUAAUUUUCGUAAUGAAUGGUCAUGUUCAUAUAGAGAUUUAUCUUUAAAUCCUGAGAAACGUUUAGUCGUUGCUUGUGUCUUUAUUUAUCUUUUCUCUGUUCAUUUAGAUGUUUUGCUUCACAAAGAAUCUUUAAGGACAAUUUCAAAAACGGCUGAAUCAGAAGACACGCUGUGCACACUAUAUAUAUAGUUGCAUUUUAAUUGUUUCUGUAAGGCCAAAAGUAUAAGUUGGACCAAAAAAUGGGACUUUACACUUUCUUACUUUCAUCCGAAACUGCAAAAUAUGUAUUUUACCCAUGCCAGAUUUAACAUAUUUACAAUAUCUUACUUUUCAGCCCGUCGUUGUUGUUCAAGCUCGGAGGUUUUACCUUUAAACAUACAAAAAGAGUUUCUGCUAUCUUUCACAUACAUGUCUUGCUUCUUUUGUAUUUGCACAAGUUUGAUUGUGUUGCACCUUUGUCUUUUUCACUAACAGACAAAUGUCUGUACAUUAAAUUAGGAACAAAAAAUUACUUCUUAAUUCUAAUUUAAGACGAAAUUAUAUUACAGUACUGAAAACAAAUUGUAUUUGCAGCUGAAUGUUUGUCCUUGGUAAACACAUAUGAAAUUACUAUUAGAUAUUGAUAUUUUUUCUAUGUGAUUUUACGUACUUGGAAAUUUGGGAUAAUAUACGUGUCCCUUUACUGUACAAUGAAGUAGUUACAAAAUCUUACUGGUCUUGCAUUUUUGCAAAAUGAAAAGAGUCUGAAUGCAUGAAUAUUUGUACUGUACUGCUCUAUUUUUCCAGGUGUAGUGGAUGGAUGUAGAUUGUUGCAGUCCAUAGCUAAACCAAAUGCAACAUUAACAAAAAAA